GUUCUAAAGCAGCUAAAUGGAGUCUGAGCAGCUGUUUCAUAGAGGCUACUAUCGAAACAGUUACAACAGCAUAACUAGUGCAAGCAGCGAUGAGGAGCUUUUAGAUGGAGCAGGUGUAAUUAUGGAUUUUCAGACCUCUGAAGAUGACAAUCUCUUGGAUGGUGAUGCAUCCAUUGUACCUGAAAGGAGCCUACCAGAAGGAUGGAGAAAGACUGUUUAUAAGGGAACUCAUUAUACAAUGACAAAUGGAGGAAAUAUCAACAGUUCAACACAUUUGCUGGACCUUCUGGAUGAACCAAUUCCUGGAGUAGGAACAUACGAUGACUUCCAUACCAUUGACUGGGUUCGAGAGAAGUGCAAAGACAGAGAAAGGCAUAGACGGAUUAACAGCAAGAAGAAAGAAUCAGCAUGGGAGAUGACAAAAAGUUUGUACGAUGCAUGGUCAGGAUGGUUGGUAGUCACAUUAACUGGUUUGGCAUCAGGGGCAUUGGCAGGAUUAAUUGACAUAGCUGCUGACUGGAUGACUGACUUGAAGGAAGGCAUUUGCCUUAGUGCUUUGUGGUUUAACCAUGAGCAGUGUUGUUGGGGUUCAAAUGAGACCACAUUUGAAGAGAGAGAUAAAUGUCCGCAGUGGAAAACAUGGGCAGAGCUAAUAAUCGGGCAAGCAGAAGGUCCAGGUUCAUACAUAAUGAACUACAUCAUGUACAUUUUCUGGGCUUUGAGCUUUGCCUUCUUAGCAGUUUCUCUGGUGAAGGUAUUUGCUCCCUACGCCUGUGGCUCAGGGAUACCUGAGAUAAAAACUAUUUUGAGUGGCUUCAUUAUCAGAGGUUACUUGGGGAAGUGGACUUUGAUGAUAAAAACAAUUACUUUAGUCUUGGCUGUUGCAUCAGGUUUAAGUUUAGGAAAAGAGGGUCCUUUGGUACAUGUUGCCUGCUGCUGUGGCAAUAUUUUUUCCUACCUCUUUCCAAAAUACAGUACAAAUGAAGCUAAAAAAAGAGAGGUGUUGUCAGCUGCCUCAGCAGCAGGAGUUUCUGUAGCCUUUGGUGCCCCAAUUGGUGGAGUCCUUUUCAGUCUGGAGGAGGUCAGUUACUAUUUCCCACUGAAAACUUUAUGGAGAUCGUUUUUUGCUGCUUUAGUAGCUGCAUUUGUUCUAAGGUCCAUCAAUCCUUUUGGUAAUAGCCGCCUAGUCCUUUUUUAUGUGGAAUAUCACACUCCUUGGUACCUUUUUGAACUGCUUCCUUUUAUUCUUCUGGGAGUAUUUGGUGGGCUCUGGGGAGCAUUUUUCAUCCGAGCAAAUAUUGCAUGGUGUCGUCGACGCAAAUCUACAAAAUUUGGGAAGUAUCCUGUCCUGGAGGUUAUUAUUGUUGCAGCAAUAACAGCUGUGAUUGCAUUUCCUAAUCCAUACACAAGGCUGAACACCAGUGAGCUUAUUAAGGAGCUCUUCACAGACUGUGGGCCAUUGGAAUCCUCCUCGCUGUGUGACUACAGAAAUGAUAUGAACGCAAGCAAAAUUGUAGAUGAUAUUCCUGACCGCCCAGCAGGCACUGGAGUCUAUUCAGCUAUAUGGCAGUUGUGUUUAGCACUCAUAUUUAAAAUUAUCAUGACAGUCUUCACUUUUGGUAUCAAGGUUCCAUCUGGGUUGUUCAUACCUAGCAUGGCAAUUGGAGCAAUAGCAGGAAGGAUUGUAGGAAUUGCAGUGGAGCAGCUGGCUUACUACCAUCAUGACUGGUUCAUUUUCAAGGAGUGGUGUGAAGUUGGAGCUGACUGUAUUACACCUGGUCUUUAUGCCAUGGUUGGUGCUGCUGCAUGCUUAGGUGGUGUGACAAGGAUGACAGUGUCCCUGGUAGUUAUUGUGUUUGAGCUAACAGGAGGGCUGGAAUAUAUUGUGCCCCUAAUGGCCGCAGUGAUGACCAGUAAGUGGGUAGGAGAUGCCUUUGGUAGGGAAGGCAUCUAUGAGGCUCACAUCCGACUGAACGGCUAUCCUUUCUUGGACGCCAAGGAAGAAUUCACUCACACCACGCUGGCUGCUGAUGUGAUGAGGCCCCGGCGGAGCGACCCCCCUUUAGCCGUCCUCACCCAGGACAACAUGACUGUCGAAGACAUAGAAACCCUGAUCAACGAAACCAGCUACAAUGGUUUUCCUGUCAUUAUGUCAAAGGAAUCACAGAGACUUGUGGGCUUUGCUCUAAGAAGAGAUUUAACUAUUGCAAUAGAAAGUGCUAGAAAGAAGCAGGAGGGGAUUGUUGGCAGUUCCAGGGUAUGUUUUGCCCAGCAUACCCCAUCGCUUCCAGCAGAAAGCCCUCGACCUUUGAAGCUCAGAAGCAUCCUUGAUAUGAGCCCUUUCACCGUGACAGACCACACACCAAUGGAAAUAGUGGUGGAUAUUUUCCGCAAGCUGGGUCUGAGGCAGUGCCUUGUAACACACAAUGGGAUUGUCUUGGGGAUCAUCACAAAGAAGAACAUAUUAGAGCAUCUCGAGCAACUAAAGCAGCACGUCGAACCCUUGGCGCCUCCUUGGCAUUAUAACAAAAAAAGAUAUCCUCCGUCAUAUGGCCCAGACGGCAAACCAAGACCCCGCCUCCAUAAUGUUCAACUGAAACCCAUAGCUGAGGAGAGAGAGGAAACGGAAGAGGAGGUUCAUUUGUUGAAUAGCACAACACUUUAGUCUGGGGAAACUUCUAAAAUCAGAGACGAGCUGGGUUUUUACAUAACAGUGCUGCUGGCAAUCAGGAGUCAGUCUGGGGGAGCUGAUGGGAGUGUGGGAAGGGAGAGCUGCUGUCCUGCACUGGAUGCGUCCCGAGACAUCAGGUCUGCCAUGAUAGUGCAGUGGGGGAGCCGUGCAAAGCGGUGCCGUUCUCCAGCCCAGCCUGGUACUUCAGCAUUGAAGAGAUGUGUUAUUAAUCCCUGUUUCUGGAGGGAUCAUUCUGAAUUGAGCCAUCUUGUGGAGACUGAAAGGUCUUGCCCUUUUUACCAUUGAAAACUGUUGUGUUAACUCAUGAAACGUAUUAACUAUUACUCGUCACCUUUCUACAUUCCAGAAGAGCUUUAUUUCUCUCUCUCUCCUGAGCCGUAACAAAGCCUCUUUAAAAUUGGUGUGCCCUUUUGAAGCAGUUGUUUCUCAUAUUGAGAUGUACUGUGAGUUACUGAGGUGUGAUCACAAGAAGGGAGGUUUUUCUUGUGCCAUUAAAUGUGUAAGUUCGUACAUCACAAAAUGCUUGGGGCGGUGCAGAUGCACUGCAACAAAACCAGGUUGAACAGGUAAUAAUUUCCAAGAACCACACAAGACUUCUUUCAACCCGUGUGCUGUCAUGAUAUGAGAAAGCUAAAACUGGGUAAAACCAGUAUUUUAAAGAAAAAUACUGGUUUUGCUGCAGAAAAUAUCAGUAACGUGACCUGGUCUUAUGCAAUUUUGUAUUAUUGAUCACACUAUGAUAUAUACCAAUAUUGUGCAGUAUAAGGAAAAAUACUGCUAUUCUACUAGUUUAAGAGCUGGAACAAUUCUCUGUAUACGUGUAUCUGGUAAAAAAAUGCAUGCUUCAACACUGGAGAUCUUUUCCCCCCCUGUAAAAUUUGAGAAUGGUCAUUUUUAUUUUUUCUUCUCCACAAAAGACGUUCCACUGCUGACAUGGUAGGAAGAAAUGUAACUCAUAAUUUGCACUAAAUGUAUAUUAUUUUUCUUGAAGUUUUACCAUUCUUUAUUUAUAUUUGUAUGGAUUUAAAAAAUCUAUUAAAUAUGAAUCAGUUAAUAUCUCACAUAACUAAUUACCUUUUUAAUGUGAUUUUAUAGAAUAAUUCAUAAUCCUCUGCAAGUAAUGGAGGAUUAGCAAAUGUUUACAACUAGAUGAAGGGUUUCAAGAAAAUGGCUUCUUUAUGAUCCAACAUACAUGCAAGAUCAUUUUCAAAUGUAACUCUCACUGCCGUUACCUUGGAUUUCCUUUUUUCUUUACUGGCAGAUAACUGGAACAGUAAUAGUAGGGCUUUAUUUAAAAAAAAAACAAACCUGCAGGGUUUUAAAAGUAAUAGGAGAAAGCAACUAUUAAAUUGCUUUUGACUCUUCUUUUCUCCCAAGUAUAUAAAGGUGUAAAUUAUAUGUACUCACACCUGAGCAGCAGGGCAGAAUUGAAUCCAGUACUUGAAACUUUGGCAGGACUUUAAAAUUCAGCAGCAACACACACACACACACACACACACACACACUCACUCAGAGGUGAACUGACAGACCCCUAACUUCACAGUACAUUGCUUUGUUUCCUAUUCAUUUUAUCAGACCAUCACCAGAACUGCAUGCAGAGGAAGAAUGACAAUAUGCUAUAAGCCUAAAUUAGGAAGGAAGAAAAUUAAAUCUGGCUGACAAAAAUCAUGUUUUGUAAUAUGAGGUUGGAUAAAAUUUCUUUCUUUUAACUAUUAUGCUCACCAGACUGCAAAAAUGGCAAGAAUAUAAACACUAAAAGUCUAACAUAAUUUUAAAUCUCUCUAAGGCAUUCAUCACAGUUACCUCAAACAUCUUUAUUCAUGAAGUAGUCAGUAUGAUUUUAUCUUAAGUAUAAUAACAAAAUGAACCAAAAUUCUGGAACUUUUGGCUGAGCUGCACAAAAAUGGCUGUGCCUAAGUAAGUGCACUGUUGAAUUUGAACUUAUUUUUCUUAGUAAAAAACUGCCAUCUACAUUUUAUCAUCUCAGUUCCAGCAGCAACUGGAACCUGAAGAAAGUGAAAUUUGCCGGGGGAUCACAGUGAUCAGGCCCUGUAUUAAAAACAGGUUUGGAAAUGAAACAGGGAAUUGGGCUACAUAAAAAUGGGAGCAUGGCAACAACAACCUGUACUCUUCCAUGUGAAGUCAGUGCUAGUUGUUAAAAAUUUGCUCUGGUACAUUACAUAAACCUGAAGAAGAGGAAGCUUCACAAAGCGCAGGAUUAGGCCCAUUUACAGAAGGCAGCUCUGGAAGUUGUCUGUGACACUGAUUUCUGUUGUCUGAUUUCUUUCUCUAUAGUGGAAGAAUACAAACUCACUACACAUACAAAAAUCACUUUAAAUUAGUUUGAAAUCUCUGCCCUGUUUGGUGUUACUGUGUAAAACAUUGCUGUGUGUACUGUAUUAACCUGCACCUAAUUCUAGAGACUGCUGUCUCACUUAAAAUACAGUUCACACUCCUGCUGUGUUUCAUUUCUGUGUGGAUCCCCAGAGCUGCACAUAAAUUGUGCAUCUCUGUUUACUCUUAACCUGCUAAGCUUUCCCUGUUGACAUUUAAAAUGUCUUCUGGUAAACAUGCAGUAGAGGUUCUGUUAAUGAAGUAUGUGUGCCUGUGCUGUGCAACAAAAAAUUUCUAACGUGAAACUUGCAGCGCCUUACUCAAGUUACUAAUUAAAAAAAAAAAAGGUGGUGGAUGGGAGGGGGAAAGUGUCAGCAUUUUUUUAUUUUUUAAAUCAUUCAGAUACUGGUUCAUGAAGAAUGCAUUCUUUGUUAAUCUGUGAUGUUGCCUAGAGCUGUAUUUAAUAUUGAUCUUAAUGUUUUUAUUUAUAAGUGUGGUAGAACUGCAUAUCAUUACAGUAAAAAUUCUCAUUACUGUGAUGAUUUAAUCAAGCAUUAAAAACUUCUAUAUGACCAUUUA